CAAAGCAUCAAUCAAUUCCCGUCAUCGAGCAAAGAUGCAACUCAAUCUUGGAGCGAUUUUUCUGGCACUGUUGGGAGUGAUGGCUGCGGCACCAUCGGUCCUGUCAGAACCUCAUCGUCAGCAGGGACCCAUUUUCGAUACGAGGCCAUCGCCCUUCAAUCCCCAGCAGCCAAGACCAAGACCAGUUAUUUAUUAAAGAGUCCAAUUGGCUAAAAAUCAUAUUGCCUGAUGUCGUUAACACAUUGAGAGAACUAAUACAAUUAAAGCUGAAACUGUACAUCAAA